UUGGAAUUACAUUCGUAAUUUGAGACGGGGACCGGACAGCUGAGGACACGCGCCCUAGCUCGUUCCUGCCUAGCGCCGUCAUGCUGUUAGUCAGAAAUGACGGGGGCGGCGCCCAUUGGCGGAGUGCGUGUAGCGGGGACGGUGCGUGGUCACAGGGCCCCCUCCGUGCUUCCCGGCAACAGCCCCUCUUUCACCAAGACUGGCCACGGCCGCCUCACUGUCGCGACCCAGCGAUCGCCCCAAAUCGCCCAUCGACUUUCUGCCCACGACCUGCCGCGCCUGCUCGCACCGCACUCACUCCCCCCUCGCUCGCUCCCUUUCUUUUUGACCAGCCCGGCCUCCCACUUCUCGCGGUCCAACUUUCUCCUCAUCCAUUCAAUAUCCCCUCUUCUCCCUCCUCCUCUCCUCUCCUCUUCUUUCCCCUCCUCUUUAUCCCCCUCUAUUCAACACCUCUCUCUAUUCUCCUUCUCUCUUUCAACAGUCCUUCUGAGUUGUUUGUCCUUCCCGCCUUUUGGCCACAAACCUUGUUUUGCUCCCCUCGUCCGCCUGUGGCUGGACCCUACCCUAGAAUAAUCUCACCUCGAACUGUCUCCGCGUCCAAGGAAUGAUCAGACAUCAACUCGAAUACUUGUCGUCAGCCCGCCUUCAGAACCGGUGUGAAGCCACAAUCGGGACGAUACCACGCUUGUCCGCGACGUCGAUACUGUGCUAAGGAAUCCGGUGGCCCGACUGUUGCUACACCCAUCUCAGAGCAAUGGCCCCAAGCGCAUCAAAUACGGCGAAUAACUCGCCUGCCAAGAAGACGUCUGCCCCCGAGAAGAAGUACAAGUGCCAAUUUUGCAACCGCGCCUUUAGUAGGAGUGAGCACCGCAGCCGACACGAGCGAUCAUACGAAAGAACGCCCUUUCAAGUGUUUGAAGUGC